CGCCGCCGCCCCGCCCCGCCCCGCCCGCAGGAAACGGUGCCGCCCGGGCCCCGCUCUGUGAGAGGGCGGGGGAGCGAGCGGGAGGGAGACUGGUAGGGGCGCGUCGUCUGCCUUCGUUGGGCUCUGCUGCUCCGGGGUGCCGCGGGCCCUGCUCCGAGAGGGCACUGGCUGGCAGCUGGGUAGCCCUGUCCUGUCGCCGCAUUCUCCGAGGCGGGAGCGCCCUCGGCGGGCAGCGGGGUGACCGCUCCCCGCGGCGCGCAGCCGCCCUCUCCUUCCAGCAGGAGCCGUGGUUCUCCCUGCUGCCCCUCUUCUCCUCAGGCGCCGCCGCCACUACCCGUCCCGAGGAGGGAGCUCGGCACUUGUUGCUGCCGCGAUGGUCGCUGGCCCGGCCGAGUGAGGCGGGGACCGCCUAGCCCGCCGCAGGAGAGGACCGCUGCGGCCGGCGGCGAGGGCCCGGCCCCUCUGGGGGUUCCCGGGCUGUUGUUUCCCCUCAGCGCCCGGCGGUGGCGGCGUGAGGGCUGUCCCCGGCCCCGGCGGGACCGCCCGCCCCGGACGGUGAGGGCGGGCUGAGGGGGCGCCACCGCCAGACGCCGCCCGCCCCCUCCUUCCCUCCCUCCGCCCGCUCGCCUGGAGGCUGGCCUCCCUCGGCAGGAGGAAAAGAUGUCCUUCUUCAACUUUCGUAAGAUCUUCAAGCUGGGUGGUGAGAAGAAGAAGAAACAAUACGAGCACGUCAAGAGGGAUUUGAACCCUGAGGAGUUCUGGGAAAUUAUAGGAGAGCUGGGAGAUGGUGCUUUCGGUAAAGUGUUCAAGGCUCAGAACAAAGAAACGAAAGUGCUGGCUGCUGCAAAGGUGAUUGAUACUAAAUCAGAAGAAGAGCUUGAAGAUUACAUGGUUGAGAUUGAUAUUUUAGCAUCCUGUGAUCAUCCUAAUAUUGUUAAGCUCCUAGAUGCUUUCUACUAUGAAAACAAUCUGUGGAUCCUGAUCGAAUUUUGUGCAGGUGGAGCAGUAGAUGCAGUAAUGUUGGAGCUUGAAAGGCCAUUAACAGAGCCACAGAUCAAAGUGGUGUGCAGGCAGACACUGGAAGCAUUGAACUACUUGCAUGAAAAUAAGAUCAUCCACAGAGAUCUAAAAGCUGGCAAUAUUCUUUUCACAUUAGAAGGAGACAUUAAACUAGCGGAUUUUGGAGUAUCAGCUAAAAACACAAGAACAAUACAAAGAAGAGAUUCUUUUAUUGGUACACCAUAUUGGAUGGCUCCAGAAGUAGUAAUGUGCGAGACCUCUAAAGACAGGCCUUAUGAUUACAAGGCUGAUAUUUGGUCUCUUGGCAUUACUUUAAUAGAAAUGGCUCAGAUAGAGCCACCUCAUCAUGAAUUAAAUCCAAUGCGAGUGCUUCUGAAAAUAGCAAAAUCUGAUCCACCUACAUUAGCACAGCCUUCAAAAUGGUCAUCAGACUUUAAAGAUUUUCUGAAGAAAUGUUUGGAAAAGAACGUAGAUGCAAGGUGGAGCGCAACUCAACUUCUACAGCAUCCAUUUGUUACUGUUACUUCCAAUAAACCAAUAAGAGAAUUGAUUGCAGAAGCUAAAGCUGAAGUUACAGAAGAAGUUGAAGAUGGUAAAGAUGAUGAUGAAGAAGAAGAAACAGAAAAUUCUCUGCAGUUACCUGCAGACAAACGUGCAUCCUCUGACCUUAGUAUUGCCAGCUCUGAAGAGGAUAAACUUUCGCAGAAUGCUGCUGUUCUGGAAUCUCUUUCUGAGAAAACAGAAAGCAAUGCAAUUGAGGACAAAGCCAGCACUAUAUUUCCAGAUGACAGAACCACUGGAGAUGAAUCUGAGGACAUUAAGUUUAGGAAAAUUGCUGAUAACGUAUGUGAUACUACUGUUGGUGAUGUGGAAGUGCAGAAUGGUUCUGUGCCAACUGGUGAAGAUGAGCAAGGCAAAAUAAUGCCAGCUGGAAAGAAUACAGAAAGCCUGGAAAAACAACUUGAAGAAAUGGAACCCCAGAAAGGAGGGAAAGAACUUGAUGUGGUAGCAAAUUCAGAAAUAAAGAAUGAACCCAACCUAAAAAUAGAGAAAGAAAAUGUAAUGGGAAAUGACAAGACAGAAGAUAAUAAACUGAAAAUAGUACCUACAACUGAAAGUAGUGUAGAAACUGAAGAAGCCAUUUCUAAGGAAACUGGUGAAAAAGAAGAGAAUCACAGAACAGAUCUCUCAGAAAGUAAGGAAGAAAAGAUCCCCGCAGAAAAUACCACAGAACGAAAGAAAGAUAAAGAUGAAGGUCAGAAAGAGGUGAUAGACACCACUACAGAAACUCUGCCUAAUGCUGCCGAUGAAGUGGCUGAUGAAGAAAAGGAACUAAUAAAGCAGGGAAUUGACAUUAAGGAGAUAGGUGGUAUUGCUGAAACACAGAUCAGUGAUGGAGAGAAAAUACCUGGGAUGAAGGAUAAGCCAGUGGAAAGUCAGGCUAAGCAGGUCCAUGAGAUUAUCAGCUCUGAAGAAACUCUAUCGGAAACCCAAGAUAAAGCGAUCGAAGUAGACAAGAAAGUGGCAGAAAGUGAAAAUGAGGAUAUAUGUAAUAUAAGCAGCAUGGAGGAAACAGAGAUCAAAGACUCUGGAAAAGACAACGUAGACCAGAAGGCAAUACAGAGCAAGCCUGAGGGUAUUUCUGAUAAAGUGGUGGAUAAACAAACCCAUAUGGACCAAAAUUCAGAGGAGCACAGACCUGAGAAUAUCCAGGAAAACAAUAUUCAGAUAGACAAAGAAGAUUCCGAAGUUACUUCUGAUGAAAUGAUGAAGAAUAAGCUUCAAGAUAUUGUCAGUGAACAAGCUGAUGACUCCGAAGUCACUCCAGUCCCCAGUAUUAGUAUUAGCACUGAAGAAAAUGAGGACAAAGUCAAAACAGAUAAUCAAGACAAUACUGAAACUUUACAGCAGCUAGAAUCGGAGAAUUUGAAGGAAAAUGAUGCAGAUUCAGGCACUGGUUCUACAGCUGAUAACAGCAGCAUUGAUUUGAACUUGUCAAUUUCUAGUUUCCUUAGUAAAAACAAAGAGACAGGAUCAAUAUCUUUACAGGAAACUAGACGACAGAAGAAAACUUUAAAGAAAACUCGGAAGUUUGUUGUUGAUGGAGUAGAAGUGAGUGUAACCACAUCAAAAAUAGUUACUGAAAAUGACUCAAAAAGUGAAGAAAUGCGAUUUCUACGACGUCAAGAGCUAAGAGAGCUAAGGCUUCUUCAGAAAGAGGAGCAGAGAGCCCAACAGCAGCUCAGUAAUAAGCUUCUGCAGCAGCGAGAACAGAUGUACAGACGUUUUGAACAGGAAAUGACAAGUAAAAAGCGACAAUAUGAUCAAGAAAUAGAAAAUCUAGAAAAACAGCAGAAACAGACAAUAGAGCGCUUGGAACAGGAACACACAAAUCGUUUACGAGAUGAAGCAAAACGCAUCAAAGCAGAACAGGAGAAGGAAUUGUCCAAAUUCCAGAAUGUGCUGAAGAACAAAAAAAAGGAGGUUUUAUGUGAAGUGGAGAAAGCACCAAAAGAGCUGAGAAAAGAGCUCAUGAAACGCAAGAAAGAGGAGCUUGCACAAAGCCAGCAUGCUCAGGAGCAGGAAUUUGUGCAGAAACAGCAGCAAGAACUGGAUGCAUCUCUGAAGAAAAUUAUUCAGCAGCAGAAGACAGAACUAGCCACUAUUGAACGAGAUUUCCUCAACAACAAACAGCAGCUCAUGAGAGCUCGCGAAGCUGCAAUCUGGGAGCUGGAAGAGCGACAUCUACAAGAGAAACACCAGCUCCUCAAACAGCAGCUCAAAGAUCAGUACUUCAUGCAGAGACACCAGCUGCUUAAGAGGCACGAGAAGGAAACAGAACAAAUGCAGAGAUAUAAUCAACGCCUUAUCGAGGAGUUAAAAAACAAGCAAACUCAGGAAAGAGCAAGGCUGCCUAAAAUCCAGCGAAGUGAAGCAAAGACUCGAAUGGCUAUGUUUAAGAAAAGUUUGAGAAUCAAUUCAUUGGCCUCUCCAGACCAAGAUCGUGAAAAAAUUAAGCAGUUUGCGGUUCAAGAAGAAAAGAGACAGAAGAACGAGAGACUGGCUCAGCAUCAGAAACACGAAAACCAAAUGCGGGACCUUCAGUUGCAGUGCGAAGCAAACAUCAGAGAACUGCAUCAGUUACAGAAUGAAAAAUGCCAUCUACUGGUUGAGCAUGAGACCCAGAAGCUAAAAGAGCUAGAUGAAGAACACAGCCAAGAACUGAAGGAAUGGAGAGAGAAACUGAGACCAAGAAAAAAGACGCUGGAAGAAGAAUUUGCCAGAAAACUGCAGGAACAGGAAGUUUUCUUUAAAAUGACUGGAGAAUCAGAAUGCCUUAACCCUUCAACACAAAGCCGGAUUUCCAAAUUCUAUCCAAUCCCCAGCCUUCACUCCACUGGGUCGUAACUCUGGGAACCGCUGUAGGUUUUUUCAUAUUUGGAAUUCUUCAUCCUCCUCGUCUAACCUGACUCGAUCUGCAGUGAACAUCAACGGACCUAGCGCUUUCUGUUUUCAGUGGAGACAAUCAGUGUCAUGAUCAGUUUCUUUACUUCUCAGAGUGGAAGAAAAGAAAAAGGUGUCGGUGUAUAAUGGUAAUGUUAUGUCCUUUGAGAAUGGGGAGGGGUUAUCUCAGUUUCAAAAAGUCUAUCGAUGGUUUUGACUUUAAGCCUAAAAUAUUAAUUAUACUCCUUCUGGUCACAAAAAAAAUGGUUUCUCAUGUGAACAUUUAAAUGGUGUAAUAUUACUUCUGCUACUGUGUUUUUAAGUGUCUCAUUUCUCCACAAGAGAACUCCACAACUCAAACUGCCACGAGAGGUUUAAAAUGUUAUAAUGUCGAGCAGUGUCUUCAUAGCAAGGACUGAAACUAAUUACUCAGAACAUGCCAAUAAUCAGAGAAAUAAACCCUUAUGUUUAAAAACGAUUGGUGAAAGCAAAAGCCUUUGUGACUUCUUUAAAAAGAAACCUCUGGCAUAAAUUAAACUGAGCUGAUCUCCAGGACAUAUUUUGUCCAUUAGUUCCGCAAUGAAAUGGGGUGCUAGUUUAAUUAAUACAGUGCCUGAAACUCUUAGAUAUGCUAAUCCUGGCAACAGGGUAGUGCUUUGUCAUUUAAAAAAACAAAACUCCUUAGCACUGUUGUUACUGUACGAAACAGGAGAUGUCUUGCUGCUACUGCCAUUUUUGUUGUAAAUCCUCACCCUGAAAUAUUUUGCACUAAAAUAUGUAAAGGUGAAAGAAAUGCUAACUUUAAAAUGCACAGUUUAUUAUUUUCCUUAGCUAUUACAGGUGGUUUGUUCUACAAAUUGAAAAGCUGUAGAACGUAUUUUUAGAAAGCGGUGUGCGAAGUGCACGAGGUUUCUCUAACUGUACCGGCAUGGGUAGAGCCAUUUUUCUGUUCUUACCAAAGCCUGUUCAUUCAAACUCCAUCAGAAAAGUGGAGGCGGAGGGUCAUAUUUAUAAAUAACCGUGGCUAAAGUCCGAUUUGAUUAGAAGUGUUAGAUUUGAGGUUUUUUAGUUUAGUCAUUUUAUUUGAUAGAAAGAUUUAAGUUAAAUAUAUAGACAAACUCCUUUACGAAGCUCGGUUUUUUGCUUUUGUGUUGCCACGUACUAACAUAGCCAGUUUUUAUUUUUCAGGUUUGUAGGUGUACAAUAAGUUAUUUACCUGACUGAUCUGCAGUGGAAAAGAUCUGAAAUGUUUCUCACGUAGCUGGUAGGGAAAUACAUCUGUAUUUGGUCACUUCUACUGCACUCCUUUUGCUGGUCAGAGUGCGAGUCAUAUCAAGACAGUAUUAUAAGCUGUACUUUGGUAUGCGGGAGCUCGAUUUGUAAAAUAGUAUUUGCUUUCUGUCGUUCGAGGCCUGACUUUCGAGUCUGGGUAUCAGCUGUACGCGCUUUGUGUUGCUAUAGCUUGCGUUAAAUGUGCGAUGCCGAACACGACGUGAUGUUCAUUUCAUGGGAACAGCACUGGUGCAUGCGGAUGAACUCGUAAAUUAACGUAGGACUUUAAUCGGACGUGGUUGAAAUCUUGGAUGCUGAAAUCCUUGGACGUUGAACCGCUACCUUCUCAAUGACAACACUUAAAACUUACAGCACAGUAAAAAAAAAUAAUUGGAAAAUGCAUGUUUUAAUUUAAAUUUUGUAACUUUUUGAUAGCAUAAUUACUUUCAUAGCUAGCCUUAAUUUCUGGCAUUUUAUUAUAUAAAUGUGUAUUGUGUACUGUUGUAAAUUCACAUACCAUAUCUCUAGAAUGUUAUCUGUUGCUAAAUGCAAAGUUCUUUAAAUUGUUUAUUUAGUAGGGUGAAAAAUGUCUCUGAAGGCCUCUUACUUUUCAAGCUCCACCAUCAUAAAUUGGCUGUUACUAAAAUAACAUUAAAUAAUCUUCAUCUCCAUA